UUAAUGGAAAGUGAGAUUUAUAAGUUCUAUUCUCUCCACUGAUCAAUUUAUUUUCCACCAUAUAUAUACACAAACCAUACAAAAGAAAAAAACAACCAAAAAUAAAAUCUAAAAAAAUCUUGUUGUAGAUGGGAAUCUGCAUCUCCUUAGAUUCCCUAACACCUCAAAACCCUCGAUGGAGAUGAGCCUUGAUCGGGCCGUGACACGAACAUGUUUUCGGCUCGGUUUUGCGGCGGCGAGGGUUAUGGCUUCUUCAGCGUAGUAGGAUCCGAUCUUGUUUGUGAAAUGGCGGAGGAUAGCGAAUCAAGGGAGGAGGAAGAGUGGUUGCAGCUCAGCAUCGGAAGGCAAGAUCUCGGGAAGAAUAACGGGCCGGGCUCGGGCCUCGUGGAGCUUGACCUCAUGCCUAGUAGCAGCAGCAGCAGCCACUCACAAAUGAGGCCCAAAUUUCGGCCUCCUCGGCCCGUUGUGAAUUUCGGGCCGCGGCCGGAUUUCGUGGUGGUGGCGCCGCCGAGGAGGCCGCAUUCGGGCGUGUGGUUUAUGCUUCAAGCAUCGCAAAAUCAGUUCUGGGUCUGCCACUUACCACGCUGCUUUUUCAGGGAAAGUGAGCCAUUUCUUCCCCAGAUAUCCAAGAGCUACUUGAGAAUCAAGGAUGGGAGGAUGACGAUUCGAGUGGUGAUAAAAUACCUUGUUAAAAAGCUUAGCUUGGAUAAUGAAUCAGAGAUAGAGAUAAGAUGCAAAGGACAAAGGCUUUUACCUAUGUUGACAUUGGAACAUGUAAGAGAUAACAUUUGGAGUAGACCAAGAGAUUUCAUCACUUUGAUUCCUAAUUCCUCAACUAUUCAUCACAUUAUGGUGCUUCACUAUGCUAGAUCCGACCCCUCUAAUUAAAUAUUCGACCCGACCCAAUCUGACCCGACUUGACUCCGUGCUCGAUUUUAACUUUAAAUGAUCCAUCAAAGUACUUUUUUUCCUUUUUCUUCUCAUUUUUCUCUUUAAAUUACUAUUAUUUUCUAUUCCAAUAGUACAAUACCAAUGAAGAAUGGGUGCUCCCACUGAAGAAGAAGAAGAAAACCCCAUCCCUGUAAAAGAUGUUGGGCUGUUGCAAGAUGCAACUUUUGUUGGCUUUGGAUUUUCAUUAAAUCUCUUGGCCAAUUUGAUUAUAGUUUUGCGUGUUGCAUUAAAUGGACUAAUGUAACUUCUUGUCUUUAAUCCAACACCUUGUUUGUUCCA